UGCUGAUGGCGUAUUGCGUGGAUGGUGAAGCAGAUACGGAUAACUCAAACCAUUGCACACAACAAAUUGAAAGUUUUGCGGAACCGGUUACUUCGUUUAUGAAAAUACUGAUUGAAGCGAACAGAGCAGCCAAUCAGCCAUUCACAAUACCUGUCGGCGAUUCAAAAAGUCUUUUGAGAAAUCUUCAAGAAAGCUCGUGUUUAAGAGAAUGGGAGUUUGAAAGCCUAAACACUGAACACAAUGUGACAUGUUACAAGCAAAAGGUGUUAGACAGUAUGAAAGUGGUUUGGACUCCUACCAAAGAGUUGUUAUUACUAUCGAUAGCAGAAGGAUCUAACGCGGACACCAAAUACGCAAUAGAAAGAAUCAUAAAUGCAUGCAAUUAUCAAGUUACACAAAAGCCUUGUAAAACAACUACUGCUUCCACCACGUGUUCCUGUAAUACACGAUGUAGCACACUCCCAACGACAGGCACAGAGACAAGGAACAUCCAUACCACAACAGAUAGAAGUACUAGUACCAAAACAACCGGUUUGACAACAUCUACCGAAACUGGACUUCCUCAGUCACAAAAUUCCGAAGACAUAUGUGCAAAAUCAUCCGAUAUUGUGAUUGCUAGUAUAUGUUCCUUUGUUGGCGGAGUAGUGUGCUCUGUGGCCUUACUGCUUUUGGUGUUUCGUCGGCACGUGUGCAAGGGAACUGAAACACGUAAAGCUAAAGACGAAGUCAUUAUUCUAGAUGAUGAUGCCGUUAAAGCUGAGGCGUUUGUAUCCAAAGGAAGUAAGAUUGAUUCCGACAAAAAGACCUAUGAAACAUUGACUAGUAUGGAACGUACAAAAACAGAUGAAGAACACUCGUAUCAUGUUUACCUCGGACUGGAUACAAGGCUAAGAGAAAAUACGUUACUGACAAACUCCAAUGAAAAAUCUAAACAAUCACAAGUAAAAGAACAAAGUGAGGCUGCGAAGAAGGACCAUGUUUAUAAUGAACUGAAAUCAGAAGAAAUUACUAACGUUUACGAGGAUACAAGGGCCAGUGACUUGCAUGACCACACAUACAUUGGACUGAACAAUCGAGAGACGAAUGAUCGCAAUGAAGAACAAGGAAGUUCGAAAGGACCUGAAUACAAUGACCGCACAAGCGAGUGCCAUGAUUAUUUAGUAUUAGCAGACGACGCGAAAGGACCUCUGGCAAAUGUAACAGAUAAAGCUAAUGAAAUUCAAGGCUGUGAGCUACACCCGACCGAAUUGACUGCAGUCGAUCCGUCUUCAAGCGACCAUGCUUAUUUUACACUGCAUAACAUUGAGCAAUCUGACAGCUCUACUCCAGAUGUUGAGCAAAAUGAUGAAGAAAGUGGAUCUGAAAAUGACACUGAUGGACAUGCAUACCAUACUCUUGAAAGGGUAUAAGUGUUAUGAUUUCCAUGAGAACAUAUAUAUAUAUCUUUAAUAUUUUAUCAAUCAUCAUCCAUGCUAUACUUUUAACUAUUGAAUCUGUAAUAUACCGUAAAUAGUUUAUUUGUACGUUCGAAUAUGUUAUAACCUUUUCUGACUAUUGCUUCAUUUCUCCUAUAUUAUUUGAUUGUUAGAAAAUGUUCACCAGCUUCUUUCAUACAGUUUAGAUGUCAUAACUAAGUGGUGUUUAGUAUAUAAAGGUAAAUCUGUGUCUCUGAUACUUAUAUAAGAUUUGUUUUGGUUUAUAAUCAUCUUCUGUAUUACAAGCUAGAUAUGAGCCGCGCCAUGAGAAAACCAACACAGUGCAUUUGCGACCAGCAUGGUUCGCUUUUCAAAGCCUAUUGCAAUUAUAGAAACUGUUAGCGAACAGCAUGGAUCCUGACCAGUGCAGGCUGGUUUUCUCAUGGUGCGGCUCAUAUUUCAGUACUUAGUAUGCUUUUCUUAAAGACUUUCUAACUAUUUUUGGAGCUUACUGUACAAUUAUUUUAUUUAAACUGUCUGUGUCUAUAUCAUUCAUUAAAUAAGAUUUACACUCUU